AGCUGAUAGUUUUUCUGGUUAGCUACUGGAAAUCUAAGCUUCUGGUUUCCAGACUGCUCCCAUCCCAUUUGUUUACGAACACAGCUCCAAAAGAGAGCCGACUGAUACCAGUGGGUCGGUGUAACUAGAACUGAUAAGGGCCCCACAGACGAGACCUACUGAUGCUCGGUCGCACAGGCAGAUGGAAACAGUUCUGACCGGUUCGCACGAGUGUGCAGUACCAGAUCCGACAGUACGAAUGGCGGCUACGAUCCAAAAUACCCUGAAAGUGGCGCUGAGGAGGCGCAUGAAGGAUGCCCUUAAGUACCUUGACGGGGAGAUAAUUGCCCGACAGUCGCAAGCUGUCACUGCUAAGGUGCUUCAAAGCGAUAUUUUUCGUCAGGCCCAGAGGGUGAGCAUCUACCUAAGCACCACUUCUGAAUUGGACACAACGGCGUUACUCCGAGAGAUGUUUCGUCUGGAUAAGAUGGUCUUCGUUCCAACGUACGAAGGCAGUAAGAUGAAAAUGGUAAGACUGCGCGGGAUGGAUGAGUACGACAGUCUGCCACUGACCAAGUGGAACAUCAAGCAGCCGGACUUCAAGGAGGCCCGGGAAGAUGCCAUGACUAAUGGACACGGCAUCGAUCUCUUUAUUGUGCCUGGGGUUGCCUUCACGCGCUGUGGAGCUCGCAUGGGCCAUGGAAUGGGUUACUACGACAAGUUUCUAAAACAGCACGCAGACAAGUACCCGCACAAAAAGAUCUCGUUGAUGGCACUGGCCCUCAACGAGCAGAUAGUCAGCAAUGAAGAGCUGCCCAUGGAGACGCACGACGUCCGUUUGCACAGUGUAAUUACAGAAAAUUAACUUUAAGCUUAUAUACAAAUUGGGGAAAUUCAGCGUGCUAAUACAAAACUUGCACUUGUUAUAAACUAAUGGAAUUAAACUGCUUAAUUAAUA